UAAACAUUAUUUAUGUAUUACCUGACACCAGUACAUUAUACUUUAAUAACCGAGAUAAAAGUCAAUUUUCUUCUGUUCUUUGUUUACAUCCAUCAGAUCAAAGCAGAUGUGUGAUCUCCAAAUACGUAGUGAUUAAAAACCAGGAUCAGACAAGACAACUGGAACCAAACCUAAAUCCAUCUCCAACUUUUGUCAGAGUCAAAGGUGACCAGUGUCUCCAGGAGUUCAUUCACUGACGUAGAUACAGCAGCUCAGUUCAUGUUUAAAAACAGUUCUGAACCUUUUGACGUUAACCUUUCUUCACUCAUUGAGCUGGUUCAGCACUGGUGAAACUGCGGCGUUGCAGCGCUCCCCUGUGGUGGAAGACGGCAUCUUCACUUCCUUGAUUGUUCGUCGACGUCAUGGAGUCGUCUGUGAUCCUGCCUGCUGAAGCUGAAGGCUUCGUCCAAAGUCUGGAGACUUUCCCUCUGAAGGAGGUCGGCUCUCCCAGGUGGUUCAGGCAGCACGAGUUCAUGGAGAAACUCAACAUGCAGGCCAUACUGAACGCCUCGGCCAUGCAUGAUGAGUUCAUCAAGGAGCUGCUGGUUUCAUAUGGAAAGAUUCCUCUCCUUGUCCAUGAGAUGAUCCUCAUCGAAGUGUGGAAACACAAAGUGUUCCCUGUCUUAUGUCAGCUGCAGGAUUUCAACCCCAACAGUACAUUUCACCUGUACAUGGUGAUUCACCAUGAAGCCACAGUAAUAAACCUACUGGAGACCAUAAUGUUUCACAAGGACUCCUGUGAGGCAGCAGAGGACACUCUUCUGGACUUGGUCGAUUACUGCCACCGUAAACUCACCCUGCUGGCCAGCAAGGGAGUCACGGGGGAGAGCACAGCCACAGACAGAGACACCAGGAGAGUGAAAAAAGAUGUUUCCUCAAUAGAGGAGCUGCAGACUCACUGCACCGCACUGGAGUUUGACAUCUCACUGAAAGCUGUGUCUGUGCUGCGCUACAUCACGGAUCACACCAGCAGUAUCAGUGUCAUCAAUCGUAUGCUGUGCACUCACAACGUUCCCUGUGUGCUGGUCCAGCUGCUCAGCUGCUGUCCGUGGACACGCUGCACAGAAGGUGAUGUAGAGAAAUACAUCAACAACAGGUGGCAGCAGAUUCCUGUGGAGGAUCAUUUAAAGAUGACCAAACAGGACGGACAGGUGUGGAUCUCACUGUACAACCUGCUGCUGAGAGAAGACUGUCGGAGGAAGUAUGACUUCAACACUUUCAACAAGAGCCAGCUCCUGAAGCUCCGAGGGUUCUUGACUGAGGUUCUGGUGGAUCAGCUGCCCAAUCUGGUGGAACUUCAACGUUUCCUGGCUCACCUUUCAGUCACAGAACCCGCUCCUCCAAAAAAAGAACUCAUCCUGGAGCAGAUUCCUGAAGUCUGGAACCACAUAGUACGUGAGAAUUCUGGGAAGUGGAAGGCCAUUGCAAAGUAUCAAGUGAAAGAGAUUUUCAACCCAUCAGACGACGACCUCAGACUCCAGGCCCAGAGGUUGAAUCAGACGUAUAACUUAGAUGUGAUGGAAACUUUACUCCCUGAGAAACCCAAGUGUGGAUCCUGUGGGAAGGAGGCUGCGAAACGAUGCUCCAGAUGUCAGGGAGAGUGGUACUGUCACAGACAGUGUCAGGUGAAACACUGGCCUCAACACAGGAGCCAGUGUCGGCUCAUGACUGAGGCCACGGAGAAGGUCCAGAGGAACCUGGAGGCCAGCACCUGAAGAACACCCAUGUCACUCUGUAUAAACUGAUGGGGACGUCGGGUGGUCGUGUUUGACCUUUGACACCAGGUCUAAGUAGAAGAGACAUGGAUGUGGAAAUGAAUGUUUGAAUUCAGGUAUCAGUGAAUGUUGUUGGAGACGACUUCACGACAAAGCUGAGAAAAUAAAGCAGCUUCACUUCAUGUUCACCACACAGUUAUUGUAUUGUAACUGUUGGAGUAGUCAGGGUGAUAACCACACGUGUGUGUUUUAUGGGUUUUGUGAGUAAAUGUAGUUUCUGUUCUGUGAUCGUCCUCAGAGCUACUUGACUUGUGACUAAUGGAUAAUUCAUUAUCAGUGUAAAAAUGGUCACAACAGUGAGUGGGGAAAUAUUAAAAGUUCAUUUUCCCCAGGAAUAGUUAGGCCACAAAAUGUUGGCUGAAAGAUGGACCUUAAAUACAUUUC